CACGAAACUAUAACUAACUUCCCUCUCUGCCUUCACCUUCCUUUCAAUCAUCUCCACUGUUUCCAGAUUCGCUUGAACAAGUAGUAUCUCUCUAGCCUCAUCGAAGAAAGAAUGUCGUCGACUACAGAUGAAGAAGUCCAGAACGAUCUUAAAGAUCAACUGGUGCAGAGAUCAGAGAGUGACGAUCACGCCGAGUUCAAGGGAGCUUCUUUCACCGGAGCGGUACUCAACCUCGCAACAACGAUCAUCGGUGCUGGUAUCAUGGCUUUGCCCGCGACGAUGAAGAUCCUCGGACUCCUUCCCGGCAUCGUGAUGAUCGUUCUCAUGGCUUUCUUGACCGACAAGACGAUUGAGAUCUUGCUCAGGUUUAGCGGAAUCGGGAACGCGAGCUCGUACGGUGCUUUGAUGCAAGAUUCUUUCGGUAGACCUGGAAGGAUCGUGUUGCAAGUCGCUGUUCUUGUUAGCAACAUUGGAGUUCUGAUCGUUUACAUGAUCAUCAUUGGUGAUGCUUUUGAGGAUAUGCUUAAAGAACGGCUUGGGAAGAGCUGGUGGGACCAGAGAACUAUCGUUCUUCUCUUUACAACAUGUGUCUUUGCUCCAUUCACAGCCUUCAAGCAGAUUGAUGCUUUGAGAUUCGCAUCUGCCACAUCACUUGCUCUAGCGGUUCUUUUUCUUGUCAUCACUGGGGGAAUAGUCGUUACAAAGUUUUUAAGCGGUGGUUUGAUGAAGCCAAAACUGUUGCCAAGUUUCACUGACUUGUCAUCGGUCUUGAAACUCUUCACCGUUGUUCCUGUGCUUGUCAACGCAUUCAUUUGUCAUUCUAACGUCCACAAUAUACAGAACGAGCUUCAAGACUCCACUCAGAUCAAACCUGUUGUGCGAUCAUCGCUUAUCAUGUCCUCUUCUGUUUACAUAGUGACAAGCUUGUUCGGAUACCUCUUGUUCGGUGAAUAUACUCAUGAGGAUGUUCUGAAAAACUUUGAUACCCAUCUUAAAAUCCCUUAUGGUCCGGUUCUCAGUGAUGUAGUCAGAGUCAGCUAUGCAGCUCAUCUCAUGCUUGUCUUCCCUAUUAUCUUCUAUCCUUUGCGGGUUAACGUGGACGGUCUCUUUUUCCCCACGGCUCCAUCGCUUACCACCUCUAAUCUGAGGUUUCGCUCCAUCACUGCGGGUCUCAUUGCUGUAAUCUUUGUUGGUGCAAACUUCAUUCCAAGCAUCUGGGAUGCUUUUCAACUCAUUGGAGCUACAGCUUCUGUCUGCAUCGGUUUCAUUUUCCCUGCUGCUGUCAUCUUAAAGGAUCGUCAUAACCGAGCGACAAAGAUGGACAAGACUAUAGCCAUUUUCGUGAUAGUCCUUGCGGUUUUCUCCAAUGCAAUCGCCAUGUACAGUGACGUUUGCGCCUUACUCAACAAGUACAAAUCCACAUUUCCAAUGUGAGAAGAUUGGUUUGGUUUUGUUUGCUUCUCCCUUACUCUACGUGUAACCAAAAAAGAGUUAUUAGUUCUGAACAGCAUUAUGAAUAAAGUAGAUAGGAGAUAAUAUGUUUCUUUUACUGUAAAAAAAAACUUGAGAAAUGUAAAGAUGACCCCUGUGAUGUGAUUUUGAUCUUGUUCAACUCUUAGAACAUUAUUUUGUUACAGCUGAUAUAAUAAAAAAGUCAGGUGCGUCCAUGUAUUCUCACUAGAUUUUUUUUGCCUUAUGCUUUCUUGAAAAUGGUUCCAAUCUUAGAUCAUAUUUGGCUCUAGAACAAUAUCCAAAGUAAAAUAUUGUUAAUUGAUAUAGUUUGUCAUUGUGAUACAAGUUUGGCUCUAGAACAAUAUCCAAAGUAACUGAUAUAAUUGUCACUGUGAAUCUUUAA